AUGAACAUCACGAGAAAAGCCCCUAUCUUCUUCCUUCUUUUGGUGUGCCUUUUGGCCACAUUCACAUCUUGUUGUAACUCGAUGCCUCUCUCAGUUCAGAAGAGAUGGAUCAUGGAUGAUGCAACAGGGAAAAGGAUGAAGCUACAUUGUGCACAUUGGGUGGCACAUAUCAAGCCAAUGCUUGCAGAAGGGUUAAAUAAAUUGCCCUUGAAUAAUAUUACGGCUAAAGUGGCCGAUGCUGGAUUCAACUGUGUUCGUCUCUCAUAUGCCACUUAUAUGUUCACUCGCCAUGCCAAUGAAACUAUUGUGCAUACCCUUUAUUCUCUAGACAUUCCGGAGAUUGUGUCAGCAAUUGAGCAACACAAUCCUUGGGUCUUGAACAUGACCCAUCUUCAAGCCUAUGAGGCAGUGAUUGAUGCUUUAGGGGCACGAGGUAUUAUGGUGCUUAUUGAUGAUCACGUUAGCUUGCCAGAGUGGUGCUGUAGCAAUGAUGAUCAAAAUGGAUUCUUUGGAGAUAGACAUUUUAACCCCCAUGAAUGGCUUCAAGGGUUGGCUUUUAUUGCUCGCUACUUCAAGGGAAAACCCAAUGUGUUCGCUAUGGACUUGAGGAACGAGCUUAGGGGUUCACGUCAAAACGUGCUUGAUUGGCACAAGUACAUGAGCCAAGGAGCAAAAACAAUUCACGAAAUUAACCCGGAUUUGUUAGUUAUUGUUUCAGGGCUAAACUUUGAUAAUGAUUUAAGCUUCUUGAAGAAAAAGGGUCUUGACCUAAACUUCACUAACAAAAUAGUGUAUGAGGCACAUAUAUAUUCCUUCUCAGGAGAUCAAGGCAGGUGGAAUGAGCAGCCAGUGAAUAGGAUAUGCAAUGCCAUGCUUAAGACCUUGAACGAGCAAUCAGCUUUUCUUAUGAGUGGUAAAAACCCAGUACCUUUGUUUAUUAGUGAAUUUGGGUAUGACGAGACUCUUGGGAAUUCCGUCGACAACAAAUACCUUCCAUGCUUUGUGUCCUUUGCCGCCUCCGUGGACUUGGAUUGGAGCUUGUGGGCUUUUGGAGGAAGCUAUUACUAUAAACAAGGUCAAAUUGACGUGGGAGAGUGGUAUGGUGUAAUGGACGAUGAUUGGAAAAAUUACAGGGACCCAAAUUUCCUCCAGAAAUUCCAGCUUAUAGAAAGGAAACUCCAAGAUCCAACUUCAAAUGUCUCAAAGACCCACAUAAUGUUCCAUCCAUUGAGUGGCAACUGCGUGCACGUAAAUAAUAGUAAUGAAAUUGUGAUGGGUGAUUGUAAGAGUAAUAGCCUAUGGAGUGCUGAAGGAGAGGGAUCUCCAAUUAGGUUGAUGGACUCUGAUCUGUGUCUAAAGGCAGUGGGUGAAGGGCUUUCUCCAACUCUCUCAAAAGAUUGCUUGUCACCACAAAGUUCUUGGAAAGCAGUUUCAGUCACUGGUCUUCACUUAGCCUCCUUUGAUAAGGACGGGUCACUCUUGUGUUUGGAUAGAGAUUCAAAUUCUACCAAGAUUGUGACCAGAAAAUGCAUUUGCAUAGACGAUUAUGAUUCUUCAUGUUUGGACAAUCCCCAAAGCCAAUGGUUCCAGCUUGUUACAACCAAUGUUUAG